GCUAUAAAGAAGGUCCUCGAGGAUAACUUCCUCUUAAAUGAAGAAAUUCACUCAGAAGCACUUCUAUUUAAGAAUUUGUGGCUUGAUGCCGAAGCUAAACUGUGUUCCAUCAGUUACAAAGCUCGUUUCGACAGAAUGAAGAUCCAGAUGGAGCAGAUUAGAAUGAAGGAGUCACAAG